UCGGGCCAGUUGAUUAUCCAAAAAACUAGGUUUAGUUGGUUCUUGACCAUGUGAAUGGACACUGGUCCGAUGAGCUGAAAAUGCCCCAAAUUAAACACCUUUGCCUCCUCUUCUCAUCCGCCAAUUACAGCCACCACCACCCACUUCUCCGCAGCAAAUCUUUUACCUCCUCUUUUCCAUUUUUACCUUAUCUCAGAAAACCCAGCUUCAUUACUGAAUUUCCACUCCUCCCCACGUUGUCUUGUUAUUCCAAGAAACCACGUAAUAGCAACAGCUUACGUUCUUUUCAUAGGAAAAAAAGUGUCUUGAGAGAUACUCGAGGAGAGAGAGAUAAAAUUAGUGAUAAAGGUGGUUCCUUGGCAAUGGAAGAAACAACUGGUAGAGCCAAUAAUGCUGGCGAGUCUAUCGAUUUUAACAGAAAAAGGGCUGAGGGUAGAGAUGGAAGUGACGGGUCCAAGAAGAAUUUGCAACUUAAAGUCCGGAAGCUCAAUCCUGUGAAUACCAUUUCCUAUGUUCAGAUUCUUGGAACUGGUAUGGAUACCCAGGAUACAUCACCAUCGGUGCUCCUAUUUUUUGACAAACAGAGAUUUAUAUUUAAUGCUGGAGAAGGAUUGCAACGCUUCUGCACUGAGCAUAAAAUCAAAUUGUCGAAGAUUGAUCACAUAUUUCUCUCACGUGUUUGCUCGGAAACUGCUGGUGGACUCCCUGGUCUUUUGUUGACUCUGGCUGGUAUUGGAGAUGGAGUUUCUGUCAAUGUAUGGGGUCCCUCAGAUCUCAAGUAUCUGGUUGAUGCAAUGAAAUCUUUCAUUCCCAAUGCUGCUAUGGUAUAUACCCGUAGCUUUGGUCCAAUGCAAGAUGUUAAUGGCACUGGUAUUUCCAUGUCUCGGAAGUUUGACGGUCCUUUCGUUCUUAUUGAUGAUGAAGUUGUCAAAAUAUCCGCAAUAGUCCUUCGACCUGGUCACUCAGAAGUGAAUGAACCAGGAAUGGGUCUGGAUGAGACAAAGCCUGCAAAUCUUUCUGUUAUUUAUAUUUGUGAAUUGCCUGAAAUAAAGGGAAAAUUUGAUCCCCAAAAAGCCGCUUCUCUUGGAUUGAGACCUGGGCCGAAAUAUCGUGAACUGCAACUUGGAAAUCCCGUGAAGUCAGAUUGUGAAAAUAUUAUGGUUCACCCAAGUGAUGUACUUGGUCCUUCCGUUCCUGGCCCUAUACUGCUGCUAAUUGACUGCCCAACGCCAUUGCAUUUGAAACAGUUGUUGUCUGUACAAAGUCUCAUUCCUUAUUAUGCAGAUACGGCUGGGAAUGUACAGGAAGGUUCCAAAACAGUGCAUUGUGUAAUUCAUCUAAGUCCUGCGUCUGUCACAAACACAAGCGAAUAUCAAUUAUGGAUGUCAAAAUUUGGUGCAGCUCAGCAUAUUAUGGCGGGGCAUCAAAUGAAGAAUGUUGAGGUGCCAAUUUUAAAAGCUGGUGCUAGAAUUGGAGCACGACUUAACUACUUGUGUCCUCAUUUCUUUCCAGCUCCUGGAUUUUGGUCCCUUCAGCACCUGACGUGUUUAUCGUCUGGCUUGAAGGCUUCAAAUAAUGAUCUUAUGCCAGGCAUUGGUGAAACGGUUUCGGCACAGAAUCUUCUCAAGUUUGUUAGUGGCUUUAAAAACCCUCUUAUCACACAUCAGACUUUAUAUAAUGUGCACAUGUUUUAUGAACAUCUAUUACUUGUUGCCUUUAUCAAUAUUUUUUGGGGAUUGCAACGCUUCUGCACUGAGCAUAAAAUCAAAUUGUCGAAGAUUGAUCACAUAUUUCUCUCACGUGUUUGCUCGGAAACUGCUGGUGGACUCCCUGGUCUUUUGUUGACUCUGGCUGGUAUUGGAGAUGGAGUUUCUGUCAAUGUAUGGGGUCCCUCAGAUCUCAAGUAUCUGGUUGAUGCAAUGAAAUCUUUCAUUCCCAAUGCUGCUAUGGUAUAUACCCGUAGCUUUGGUCCAAUGCAAGAUGUUAAUGGCACUGGUAUUUCCAUGUCUCGGAAGUUUGACGGUCCUUUCGUUCUAAUUGAUGAUGAAGUUGUCAAAAUAUCCGCAAUAGUCCUUCGACCUGGUCACUCAGAAGUGAAUGAACCAGGAAUGGGUCUGGAUGAGACAAAGCCUGCAAAUCUUUCUGUUAUUUAUAUUUGUGAAUUGCCUGAAAUAAAGGGAAAAUUUGAUCCCCAAAAAGCCGCUUCUCUUGGAUUGAGACCUGGGCCGAAAUAUCGUGAACUGCAACUUGGAAAUCCCGUGAAGUCAGAUUGUGAAAAUAUUAUGUCAAGUUCUUUUCUCCUUUUGCAGGCAACGUUCGAAGAUGGCCUGGUGGACGAGGCUAUUGCAAAAAACCACAGCACAACAAAAGAAGCUGUGGAAGUAGGCGACUCAAGUGGGGUGUAUCGCAUAAUCCUCACUCACUUCAGCCAAAGAUACCCUAAAAUCCCGGUAUUUGACGAAACUCACAUGAAUAACACGUGCAUUGCAUUCGACUUGAUGAGUGUCAACUUAGCAGAUUUGCCUCUUCUUCCAAGAGUAUUGCCAUACCUCAAACUCAUGUUUAAAGAUGAGAUGAUCGUUGAUGAAUCUGAAGACGUUGAUUUGGUAACUGCUGCUCUUUAAAUUAAGAUAAUGUAAAGGGGGACGUGCAUAUUUAUUUCAUUUUAUUAUUAUUAUUAUUAUUAUUAUUAUUAUUAUUAUUUUUUUUUUAAACAACCUCAAAACUCAAAAGUUUAAGGAAUUUGACAAAGUUACCCUACAAAGUACACAAACAAUUUUGUAUUUAAGGAGUUCGGACUUAUGAAAUUGCAGAUGGAUGGUUGAUGGUGCUGUGGAAACAUCCUAAAUUCGUUAUUUUAAUUGAUUCUGUCAUUUGUAUUUUA